AUGGCAGAUGGAUCGAAGGUGUUCAAGAAGACCAGCCCCAACAGCAAGCUGUCCAUCUACCUGGGGAAGAGAGAUUUUGUGGAUCAUGUAGAGAAGGUGGACUCUGUAGAUGGUGUCUGUCUGAUCGACCCAGAGUACCUAAAGGACAGGAAAGUGUACGUGACGCUGACUUGCGCCUUCCGCUACGGCCGAGAUGACCUCGACGUUAUUGGGCUGACCUUCAGGAAGGACCUCUAUGUUGUGACCACCCAGAUCUUCCCACCAGUGCCCGACCAGGCACCCAAAACCCUCACUCCUUUGCAGGACAAACUGUUGAAGAAGCUUGGGGAGAAUGCCUACCCCUUUACCUUUGAGAUUGCCACCAACCUGCCCUGCUCGGUCACCCUCCAGCCAGGUCCUGAUGAUGUGGGAAAGGCCUGUGGUGUGGACUUCGAGGUCAAAGGAUUUUGUGCUGAAAAUCUGGAGGAGAAAAUUCACAAGAGGAACUCGGUGCGCCUUAUCAUCCGCAAGAUCCAGUUUGCACCCCCGAACACGGGGCCAGCCCCCAAGUCGGAGACCACCCGGCAGUUCAUGAUGUCCGACAAGCCCCUGCACCUCGAAGCCUCCCUGGAUAAGGAGAUCUACUACCACGGAGACCCCAUCAACGUGACUGUCAACAUCAACAACACCACCAACAAGAUUGUGAAAAAAAUUAAGAUUACAGUUGAUCAGAUCACAGACGUCGUCCUCUACUCGCUGGAUAAAUACACAAAGACUGUGUGCACCGAGGAGAUAAAUGAGACUGUGGCAGCCAACUCCACCUUCACCAAAACCUACUCAGUCACCCCCAUGCUCGCAGCCAACCGUGAGAAGCGAGGCCUGGCUCUUGAUGGCAAGCUCAAGCAUGAGGACACCAACCUGGCCUCCACCACCAUCCUGAGACCUGGCAUGGACAAGGAAGUGCUGGGCAUCUUGGUGUCCUACAAAGUGAAGGUCAACCUGGUGGUGUCCCGAGGAGGCAUCCUGGGGGAUCUCACUUCCAGCGAUGUUGGGGUUGAGAUGCCUGUCAUCCUGAUGCACCCGAAGCCUGCGGACGAUAAGCCAAGAAGUGAGGAAGACAUCGUCAUCGAGGAAUUUGCUCGCCAAAAACUCAAGGGGGAGAAAGACGACGAAGAUGAGAAGGAGGAAGCUGAGAAAGAGUAA